GGUCUCAAUUUCUUAACUUCGUUACGCCUCCGUACGAAGCUCCUCUCCGUCCCGUCCCGCCUUAACCGAAGAAUAACGAUAAAAGACGACGAUCCCCCCCCCGCGCGGCCUAUUCCGGACGUCACCAUGUUUCUCCUCAGCACCCGCGAUGGCUUCCCAAAGGGCGAUAACACGACCGACACCGUCUUCCACAACAUCCACUUCAAUGCCUCCACGCUAAAUUAUUGGAAUUAUACCUAUUACCCGAUCAACGGCACGCUCUCGAAUGGAUCCUGGUGCAUGCUUAUGAAUCCGCCUUACACCCCGAAAGGUAUCCUAACCAAUGGCACUUUUAUCAAUAGUACUUGGUGUUACUUGGCGACAGAUCCUAUCGGGGACCGAGCGCGUGCUGGUAUUGGCUUUGCUGUGGGUUUCGCCUUAUGCCUGAUUUUUAUACUGGUCAAUUUGAAAAAGCAUGGCCAAUUACAUCUACCCGCCGAGAAGAGGUUCUACCCGAUUGGGAGGAGGUGGCAAUGGUACUGGUCGAUAUUCGUUUGCGCAACCGCUCUCGUUGGUCUUUUCACCGGGAUCGAUGUCGACCGGUACCAUGUUGUAGAGCUUCCCAUUGUUCUAAAUGUCUUCUUCUGGUACCUUAUGCAGAUCGGUAUCAUGGCGGUAGUCUGGGAGAGUAUUCGGCAUUGGGGUAGUUGGAUGGAACGUCAAUUCAUCGACCCAAACCCCUUCGUCCUUCAACAAAACGAUAAAAGAGGCAUGUUUGAGCUGUGGCUGCCCAUCUUCUUUUAUCUAUGGUUAUGGCUGAAUUUCUUCCUCGUUGUUCCGCGGAACUGGGGUGCAAUCGAACUCCAGCGAUCCCCCGAACAGGCUAUAGAGAAUGCAAUACCAGCUGCUACUGAUGGGCGCUUCAAGGCAGGGACAUUCUGCUUAUUUGUUGCUUGGUGCACGAUUAUGGUCUCUGUAUGGCACUCUAUUCGACAUUACGAGCCUCGAAACCGCGGUUUUUUCAACCGUAUUAUUGGCUUUUUAGGAUAUAUGCCAUUCCGCUUUACACUAAUGAUACCCCUUGCGCUAGCUGUCGUUGCUUACCAAGGCUUGUGUGCCUGGGACUUCGGCCUGUCGCCUCUAAAUGUCAAAACUAACCUAUUAGCAAUGUAUCUUGGAGGCUACGCACCAACUUUUCUCAUCCUCGUCAUACAUAUUAUUGCAGGCUUUAUGCGACCAAACGAAGAUCGUGAACUCCUCCGCCAACGACGCGAGCGGGGACAAGCCUUAGACCAGGAGCUAGGUCUCCUUCGAAAGCCGGCUUGGUGGCGUCGAGUCAACGGCGACGUGUCAGCUGGCAGCAUGCGAGACAGGAUUAUGCGAAACGUCCGUGAGGUUGGUGGUGGACGGCCCACUGGUAGGGAAGUUGAGAGACUGGCGGAGCGGAGGGCUGCGGAAAUGGAAUCCGAUGCCACAACUCGAAAUAGUGGUAUAGAAAUGAACGAGAUUCGACGCGCCAAUAGCGCCCGUGGUGGUGGAGCCCCAGGCUCGGCUCCUCCACCGCCGCCGUAUACACCUUAUGGGGGGAAAUCAGACCAGCGGAGGUCUGAGCGUACAGUAGAAGUGGCGGCUGGUCUCUUAUUCCCGGGUGCAAAUACCAAUACCCCCGGGGACAGAGGCAGAGGCUUAGAGGUUGCCAACGAGCAACCCCGACGCCCGAGGACAAAUGAAAGAAGUUCAAGUACGGCUAGUGGCGUGUCCACGACUGGACCGCCUCAGCAGAUCAGGAGUAUGUUAGAUAUAUGAGUUGAGGAUAUUAGGUUCAAAAGCAUGACUUAGGUAGUAUUGUUCGGUCUUUACUCGGGGCUCAUGAUGACUGAAUGCGGCGUUGGAACUGGAUAUUCGACAUCCGUUGAAUAUCUCUUCGGCUACAGGUUGAACUUUACUUGAACGAGAAAUAUGUGUAU